UCUCGUGAGAUAUAUAGUCCUACAAGGCAUCCAUCCAUCGUUCCAACCCCAGGUUUCUUGUUCUUGUCCAUCUCGACUUCCCCAGUCAGUCAGUCUAGACUUUCCUCGCAUCGUACGAUACAUAGCCAGGACUGUACUGCGUACACUUAUACAACUACCGUCUUGAACUUCAUACCAAGCCGUUACUCAAAAACAACAUUCAAGAUGUCUGCCACAAUGACUAUGACCCAAACCCAGACCAUGGUUCCCCUGGAGCGAACACGGUCUAGGUCAAACUCGGGAUCGAAGGGCCGUCGGACACGCGUGCACUUCGAGAUCGAAGAUGCCACGCCCGAAUUCUACGGCUCCAAAUGGAUCGAUGUCCUCUCACUCUACUCGGGCUCCUCGAGCUACGAGGUUGCCAUCGCGGCCCUUUGCUCGCUCGCCCUUUUCGUCGCCGUUGGUCAGGGCAUUUUCGAGGGUCCUCAACUAGGAAUAGUUGCUGUCCUCUUCCUUGCCUCCAUUGUCCACUGGGCCUUGAUGUUCUUCUUCUCGGGCCCUUCGUCUCCCAAGAAUGACACACGUAAGUUACACUCUACCAGUCUUCAGAAAGUUGUUGCGGAAACUGAUUCGGCUUUACAGCGCUCUCUCGUAUCCGGUAAUGGAACAAUCUGCUUCGAUGGGGCUACUUGGCAAUGCCAGUAUCCACGAGAGCUCUACAACUCUCGCUAGACUAUCAAGCAGAGGCGUCAACAUCAACAUGACAAUCAUGACUGUCACCAACACCAACAAUUCAUACAAAUAUACCCAGCACUAUCAGCCACCCAUCACACAUCUGGAUGGACGAGUUACCGGCUUUUCUUCAUUAUCAUUUGGGACUAGGGAAUAUUCAGGCGUUCAUACAGCGUUAUGAGGAAGGCUUUUGCAUUAAGAUUUCAUAGAUACCAGGACGGAGGCUAGACGCACGUUUUCAUUCUUACACAUCUGAUAGACUCAGGCAG